GGCUUGUCCCCCGCUGGCCUGCACAAGGGACCAAAGAGGCAUGUGGUGACCUGCCGAUCGGCCGCGACCUGCCAGCCACUCAGCCCCCCGCGGCCCUCCGCCACCACGUGUAGUGUACUGUAGGUCGGCGUGUGAGUGCCACUUCUGCCAGUGUGGGCUGACUCUCGUGGGCUGGUGAAGUGCCCCUCAGUGUGUAGUGGUAGCUGUUGAGUGUGGCGAGUAGUGUGGUUCAGUGUGACGCAAGGUGAGGCCAGUGUGACGCAAGGUGAGGCCAGUGUGACGCAAGGUGAAGAAGCCAGUGUGACCCAGGUGACGGAUGCGUGUGUUGUGAUAAUGAUGGUGAUGAACGCCGGGGCGGCAGGACCACCCCGAUAGGUGUUUGUAGUAGAAACGGCGGUGGUGGGGCCUUCCUCCUGUACCUCAUGAGUCCAGCCCCGGGUCUUGCUUGCUGGACUGAGCCUGAGCGAGGGGCAGCAGCAGUAGCAACGAGGGCUGGCUGGCGGAGAGGAGAGCGGGUGGUGAGCCGUGGUGGUGGUGUUGGUGGUGAUGAUGACAUGAGGUGUGUGGUGGUGAGGGGCCAGGAUGCCGGUCUGCUGCACUAUGCUCGACGCCCCGGACUCACCUCCCCAACUACCGCCUCCCCAACCUACCCACUGCUCCAACUGUGCAGAGUGUGGGACUAAGGUGGUGGUCGGCGGCACGGAGUCGGUGUACUGGGCUGUGCAGCUGGACGCCGACCUCCUUGAGACCAUCGCCGCUAUCUAUCCUCACUGGUUCAAGCCAAUGUCGAUAUACCACACAGUAAUGAAGUUCAAAUUGGACUGCAAUUUGAACGACCUAAGCAAGAUGGCGGACAGCAGCAAUGGGGAGGGUUCUCAGCCCCCCUUCAUUCCUCUGUCCCCCCCUAAGUGUGAGGUAGACGACUCCCCACUACAAGGCAAGGCUCUCAACAAAAACAAAGAGUCAUUGAAAGUGAAGCUGAUGCUACGACGACCACGGGAGGAUCUAGUGAACCGCGGAGUAAUCCCUCCAAUGAACACCCCGACUGCCUUCUACGAGCAGCGGCAGAAAUUAGAUAUGGCCAAAAAACAUGACAUCCUCAAACAGAAAAUGCAGCGGCGACCUGAUAGAGAGGAGCUGGUUCGACAACAUAUUCUGGAGGAUGCACCUGGAAAUAUUGAUCCCUCAUUGGUGGAAAAGCAAAAACAGCUGAAGCGAGCCAGGAUAGCUGAUGCCAUAAGUGACCACUUGUGCCAAAGGCCAGGGCCCCUUGAACUUGUCAGAGCCAAUAUCCUCCACACCACAGAAGACCUCGAGAAAGCUGUCAAGGAGGGGCAGUUAAUGUUCAAGAGCACAAGUGAGGGAGAACCCCGGAAACACCCAAGUCUAUAUGUGCAGUAUGAAGAUGAGUCAAGUAGUGAGGGUGCAAUGUCUCCAGACCAAAGUGAGGCCAACAAUGCUGCUGGGGUCAGAGAGCUUCUCUCAGCCAGUCCAAUUCAAGCUCCGGCAGCAGCAGCAGUAAUAGCACCACCACCGCCGCCACCAUGCGCACCAACAGUACCUACCCCCAUCAGUUGUGUGCCUGAUGUAGCAGCUCCUUCUCCAUCUCAUACUUCCACCACCUCCUCUCUCUCCCCAUUAUCUUCCUUAGCGUCUCCCCAGCACCCUCUCUUAUCUUCCCCUCAAGCUUCUAUAGCACAGACUCUCUUCGUGACCCGGACGUCUCUCCCUCAUGCUCUUACAACACCGCCCCAACAGAAUUCUGCUCCUGGGAAAGACCAAUCCAAGAGCAGGAAAAAAUCUAAGGGAAAGAGUCAACCUAAAGCUAGAACAAUCAAGUUUCAUGAGUAUAAGGGUCCUCCUAGUGCAGUGAAGCGUGAGUCAAACACCAACCACUCCGAAACAUCUUAUGAUAUACUACUACAGCAGCAACAGCUUUUCCUCCAGUGCCAACUUGAACUCAAACAAAAGUAUCCCCAGAUUAUAUUGCCAGCAGCAUUAAAGCCUUCCAACAACGACGGCUCCAACACCAGCAGUCUAGCCAACGUUAUCAAAGUAGCGCCAACACCGCCCCCACUACCAUCCUCCACUGUGGCCAGUGGCUUGACCCUGUCUCAGGUCCUGCAUACACCGGUACACACUCCCACCUCUACACCAACACCCUCAUCUACACCUCCUGCACCACCACCACCUCCUACACCACCAGAAACCAAUAUGAGAGUUCACACCAAGUUGGAAGAUAUGAAAGUGUCGGAUCUGAAGGCAGAGCUGAAGAAACGAAACCUACCUGUGUCUGGCUCCAAACCUCAGUUGAUAGAGAGAUUAAAGAACCACGCUGCCCAGAACUCUGCUGCUGUUAUCACCAGUCUGAACAACAACAACAGCAUCAGUAGUAGUAAUAGUAGUCUUCAUAGUAACAAUACCUCGGUUACAAUGAGACUGGGCAGUGUUGAGAGAGAGACCGUUAACACGCCCGCACCGGUGGACACAGAAGAAAAAACGAGUGCAACCCAAACAGACUCCACUGGCAGUAGUAUCUUGCCGGUGGCACAUCUGCUACAGGAGCCUUCCCCGACUCCCACGCCCACAAACUCAACGUUUAACUUUACAGACGACUCUUCGGUUCAAGGAUUAUUGGAAGCAUCAAUGGAUUUUGGAGACGACAGUGCAUCUUCUCCUGCGUACUCUCACAUCUCUGCGUCAUCUACACGGCCCUCCAGCGUGGCCCCCAUGGAUGUGGAUUUUGACUCUGCAAUGGAUACAAAUGACUUCACUCCUCUGACUCCCAGUGGUGCCCUCACUCCCCUUAGUCUCCACCUUAGUGAUGGAGGCUCCAUAAACACUCCACCUCCACCACCACCACCGCCACCACCCCCUCCACCACCACCACCCACACAGACUGUCCCAGCAAGCUCUUGUUCUCCAGUUGGUAGUGUGCUGGUGUCCGCUCUUGGCCAAACAGUGACUUCUCCUCCCAAUCAAAUUAUAAUGACUCGUCAAACAACCUCACAAGCCCCCAACAAUUCCAUGGUGUCUAAUGAAACAAUGGUGCAACUACAGAGAAGAAUUGAGGAACUUCAAAGAGAGCUUCACCAUACACAGAUGCAGCUACAGUUGCAACAGCAACAAAAUAUUAUCAAAGCCCAGGAGCAACAGCAACGUAAAAAUAAUUCUGAUAACAAAUUAAACCAAAAACUCAUACUACAACAGCAUAUUCACAACAAAAAACAACAGCAACAACAACAACAGUUGCAAAGUCAUAUUCAGCAGCUCCAUCAUUUGCAAACACUGCAACAGCAGCAUCAACAAUUAUUGCAACAACAAGUGGUCCAACACGAACCUUUAAAGAAAAUUCACGAGAAUGGCAUACAGCAGUGUGCUAUUGUCCAUCACCAGAAACACCAACACCACCAUCAGUCAGAGCAGACGCAGCACCAGCACAGUGUUGGGGAGGUGAGAGUCAAGUUGGAGAAUGGCUGGGAACAACUGCUAGGCUCCCCCAACCCUCACACCAACCAACAACCAAAGAACCAGCGCUCAGGAUCUAUAUCCUCACAAAAUGGCAUCGCUAUUAAUGCUCAUCAAAGAACUGCUUCCUUGCCCAAUUUCUCAGGGCUCAUUGUUACCAGCACUUGUGAUAACAGCAACAACAAUAACAACAAUAAUAAUAACAAUGUAAACAGAACAGCAUUAGAACCUCAGUUUGUUAUCAAGCCACCACCCAAUUAUGAUGAGGCUACUAAACAGCUGAAGGGAACAAUGAUCUCUACCAAAUCAUCUCCUCAAACCCAAAAUCGAAAGUUAUCUGUCAAAAGUCAAGCUGUUGAUGAUGUUUUGGAAAUAUUGAUUAAGAAUGGAGAGCUGCCACCUAGUGCUGCCCAAGACCCUCACACUCCAACUCAAUUAAGAUGUAGUCGAAGUGGACCAAUCUUCACCACCACAUCGGUUGCCUCAUCUGUCAUCUAUACUACCACAUCUGCUGGUGCUCCUGUUUUCAGCAGUACCUCAGGUGCACUGCCUGUCAUAUUCACUACUUCAGCCACUUCACUGCCUGCAGUAUAUACCACUGCAGCUACUGUUCCAGCAACUGUAGAAGCUGCAGUCCCACCACCGCCGCCACCACCCCCACCUCCACCUCACCAUUCUAGUCAGCGCACCACCUCUGCUACGUCAACAACUUCUCAAGGACAAGCAGUGUUCAGUGUUGCCAACUCCUGCCCAUCCCCAAUAGUCACCAGUGGCCUGAAUUCACAUUCACUGUUUGCAGAUCUGGUGAUGGAGGGGUCAAACCAACCUGGCCUAGAAAUUCCUCUGGAUUUGGAAUUACCUGUGUUGGAAGGGAUGGAGCUGGGAGCCUUGGAGCACACUCUUGACCACAGCAACAUGGCCCCUGAUCUGCUUAUUUCAAGUAGACCAGAAGAGCCAUUUGUUACUGUAGGCCCACCGAUAGAUGUUAAGAUGGAGGUCAACGACGACGUCGACGUCGCGUCAUGGCUCGACUCUCUGGUUCCUCCAACUCACGGCCCAACUCUUUCUUCAAGUACCACAAACUUUAUCCCACCAUGGCCGCCAUCCCAUCUAGUAUGCACCUCCGGUAACAACAGUGAUAGUGGCAUGAGCAGUAAUUAUAACAGUGGCAGUAGUAGCAGCUGCAGCAACAGAGGAGGUAAUCUCAGUAGCUGCAGUACCAGCAGUACAAGUAGUAGUGGCGGCAGGAGUGGUAUCAGUGUGCACCAAAGUGAUCCUCUGCUCUCUAAUAAUCAGGACCAAUUGGACCUCUUUAACUUGGAGGAAAUGGACCUCAAGGCCCACGAUGUAACGUCGGGCCUAUCAUGGGACCGCAUUGAUUUUACUACAUGAAAGUGUGGUGGACCGGUCAUGUAGCCAGUCACCGUGUUACUGUCUGGUCAAUGUAGGUCUGACCGCGGGACCAUUGACUGACAAGACUAAGUCAAGGGACCACUGACCGCAGUAGAUUUCAACCUUGACUGAUAAUAAAGUAUUUAAUUGUUGAAGUGCUACUGCAUAUUGAGUGACUGGCAGUACCCUAGUUUGGCUACUGGCGCAUGCGUUAAUGUCUGUGAUGACAAAUGAGUGCCUUAACAGUACUCUAACAAAGGACCAUUGAAUAUUUAGUUGAUAUUUAGGUUGUGUUCAGCCAACUCCACACAAUUCCCUGUUAUUCCAUUUUGACUACCUGUCAUGUAGAUCAUGCUCAUAAUCAUUAUUAGAAGUUUUAAAAACUUUAAUAAAUAUGUCAUGAAAUCUUUCUUGAAAUUUUUCAGUGUCAAGUGGUAUAUAUAUGAGAUGUAUCUGUAAAUAUUUCCUUCUUGUAAAAUGGUGCUGUUUUGAAUAUUUCAAGUUGUUUGAGUUUUCUCCAAGAUAUAUUCUACUCAUCAGCUAAUCCUGAAAUUAGGUCAGGUCUAUCAGUAUGUAAUUAAUGUAUAAUAAGUUUUGGGAACAAAUCAACCCCUUCCAUAAAUUUUGCUGUGUGCUUGCCUUACAGAUGUGGACAGUUGAAGCUACGAAGAUUAAUUCUGGUUGAAUUAAUAGCUCUGUACAUACUUUGACUAGUUGAAUAUGUGACUGAAUGCAGACUCAGUCAUCUGUGCUGUGAUUAUUAGCUAUGUUUGGAGCAGCCAGUUAAGUUUAGCCCACUGAAGGCAGGCACACAGUGCAACCAUUCCAUGAUGACCCCCAGCCCAUGGCUGUGUCCUUGGCUCUCAGAGACCCCAGCUAGGAGCUGUGACCCUCGCUCACGGUGUGCAAGUCAUUGCCUAUCUUGGCAUGUGGCGACCCAUGCCAACUGUUGUGUGACCCAGGCUCGUAGUGUUGUAACCCAAUGAUUGGUAACCUGAAUAGAGGAGUUGACUGCCAUUGCUUGUAACUUGGGUUGAAGGGGUCAAAAGCCAGUGCUCAUGACCUGAUUUAUAGUCCAACACCCAAGUUGACCUUGGCUAUAGAUCUCUUAAUAUCUGUUCUUGUGACUUUAGUAUUGGAGUCUAAAGCCUGUGCUUGCAAAUCCUUGACGAAUAUGUAGUUUUGUCAGAGGCCCCGCCCCAAGUGUCCAAUACCAAUAGUUGUAAUCAAGGCACAUGGUGUCCAAAGCCAGUAUAUGUGAUUCCAUAUGAGGGUGUUUGCUGUCAGAUAAUGGCCAUUGCCAGUAGUGAAAGUAACAAUAUUGACAGAUGCUGAAAAACAAAACAUCUUGUCAGUGGAUAUCACACCAUUUAGAGUCUCUGAAUGGAAGCUCAUGGUGUAGAUGGUCCAUGUGAUUGAACUACUAGUUGAUGGGACCGUUUGACAAUAUUAAGAGUUGUACUGGUAGUUAUAGCUCAUGAUGCUCUCAGAUAAUGGUUUCCAAUGCUUGCUCUGUAUAUCCCUAGAUCAUGGCAGCCUAUACCCAAAUCUGUAAUACAAGUUCAACAACAACCCAGACUGAUGACGUCCUCAAGUCUAUCUAUGAAUUAGGACAAUGAUCAUCAAAGCCUAUGUAGUUAAUAAGGCCAGUGGUGUCCCAGAGCUAUAUACUAUAUAUACCUGCUCUUGGUGACCCUGUGCCUCUUUGACAUGUAACUUACCAUGUUGAGUACUGGCAUCACAACAAAGUAUGGUUUCGUACAAGUACCUAAUUCUGCUCGUUUAAACAGAUGACUGUAUGUAAGUGGGCCUGAGUAGCCAUGAAACACUCAGCCUGCAUCCUUGAUCAGGGUGAUGUGUGUGUGUGGCCACUUAGGUGCCUGGGUAUAAUUGACCCAACAUAUUCAUUUGGUUAUGUAGGUGUCCAGUUCCUGCCUCCCUCAGCCCUGGCACACCUCAAAAAUGUAGACAUGGCCUCCUUUCUCACAAACAAUCUGAAGAAUGUACUUUCCCCUCACUACUUAAUGUAUUGUUUUCAACAAUUUGUCAAAAGAAACUUUUGAAACUUACCUGGUUUAGUGUGCCAAGUUGCUCACACAGUUAACCAAUAGAAUUUUGGAUAGUCCACAUCUAUAAAUUAUGGUUAACUGAGCUUGCACAAGAAACACUGUUAAUCUGCACAAUGAGGUGGACGGACUAAUGAUGACUAAAUUCUGUUAGUGGCCAAGACCAAGUGGUGUGCCUCAGGUUCAUAUUCCCAGCAUUUCUAGAUUCCAUCUAUAACAGAUAUUGUCUUGUUCCUUCUGUGUACUAAUAAGAAUAAAUUAUUGUAGGCAAGUCCUGUCCGAGGUAGCUCUUGUACAGAUUCCUUUGUUGCAAAUUUUCGGGCAUUCUUCAGUUACAUUAAAUUCUGCCUCGUCUCGCUUGCCAUGUCUGGAAGUGAACAUAUAAUGCUUAGCACCAAUUUUAUACGGCCAAAUUUAUAAGCUUCAGAGCAAUUUCUGGGUUUAAUACGGAUGAUAUGAAAAUAUGAGUACCAAUUGAACUGUUUACCUCUGCUCAAUGCUCAACACUUCAAGCUCUGUCAGGGCCUUGUUAUUGUGCCAAACCAGUAGCAAUUACCACAGUUAGCAACAUUCCACACCUGCACUGGGAAUGAUAGCUGCAGCAUUGACUGAAUAAUAAUUGAUUGUUCAGAAGAAAGGACAUUAUGAAUUAAAAAAAUCAUAUUAAUGGUCUAAGUAUCAUGAACCUUCCCAGUAAAAUAUAUAUAUAUAAAGAAAUCCAUGUGAUAUAUGAUUGUGAUUUAAGUUUUUUCUUGGUCUUUCAAUUCUCAUAGUUCAUGGUCACUGUAUUUUAUGUGGACGUAGCCAGUGUCCUAAUUGAUACUGUUUUCCAAUCAUUAAUUUAGCCCUUGAAGUUCCUUUUUGGGUGUUCAUUUACGAUGAGGGUGACUGAACAGGUUGGGUGUGAGUACUAAUUGAUGUAGCUUAUAAUUUGUUGACUCGUGAUCAUCACAAACAUACACACAUGCUUACAUACAUAUACAUCAAGAAUGACUUUGAAUGUUCAUACAGGUAUAUAUCAAGCUGUUAGAUCUUCACAUUCAUUUAUCUAGAGUGACUUGGAUGUUCAAAUACCUCAAUUGCAAACUCAUGAUGUGUUAAAUUAAUCUUUGGGAUUUUUUCUAUCUCCAGUGUUACAUCGUAGUUUAGUAUCUCACGGAAAAUCAUGUUUAUCUUCAUCCAAUUUUAAAAUAAUUCCACUGUUAAGAAUCAUUUAUAUGAAGUCUCACCAAGAAGCAGAGAUGUAUUGUACUGUACUGUCUUCAGUUUUCAUAUUACUGUACAUUUAGUUAAGCAAUAACAAUUUGACAUCUGCAAUAUAUCACACAGAAUUAAUUGAUGAAAAAUUGUGACCUGCUGUAGUUUGGAAAAAUGGAUUCUUAGGCAUAUUACAUGUAAAUUAAUCACAGUUUCUGAAAGAUUGCAGUGAGAAUAUAAGCCAUUUAAUUUGUGUGUAGUGAGAAAUACUUUAUGCACAAGUAUGCCUCAUUUAUUCAUGUAAACAUUACCAUGGGUAUUUUUCUUCUUUGCUGCACUCAUUCAGCGGUACAGUACCACUCCGUUGAUCUGGUACACAAUCUUCACUCCAUGAUGUACUGCUUCAAAACUUACACUUGUUAUAUCUAUCAUUUAUUGUUUCUCAGUACAUAUACAAUACUUAUAUCUUGUCCUGUCCCUCAUGUGUAUACUUAGUGAGGCAAUCUCUUCUUUACCAUAGUUUUUUAUUUAGUGUAGGCAAGUGGAGGCUGCUAUCCCUUCAGCAAGUGUGUGUCAGGUGUUCCUGGUCAAGAAAUGAAGUAGAUUACGGAAUGUAGCAGAGGUUCAACACACUUCAACUCCAUCCAGAAUAUACAAAAUACAAAGUUGAGGUUAGAAGUUACAGUACGGUACUUAGACAGUGAGGAUGCAGGUGUACAGAACUGAGAGUGUAUGUGCAGAAAGUGUAGUCUGUGACUUAUGUUUCUUAAGUAAAGUUCAUCAUUGAGUAUUAUGGGAUUACAGACAAUAGUGAUACAUUAUUAGUAACACUGCAGGCAUACCAGGGAUGAUGACAGUAGGGGAAUUAAGACUUUCACUAUAAAAGUACUGAAAUGGCAUAGAGAUCAGUUUAUCCUAAUUUUUGAAUGAAAAUGUGUUAAGAUGUGAGAUUUAUUGAAAAUUGCCACAUUAAUCAUGUUACUUAAACAAUUAAGUAAAGUUUAUCUCAAGUUUUUUUCUCUGUAUUUGGCUCUUACUCGAGACUGUGGUCAUGCUGCAGCCUUUGUGUUGGUAAAUGGUAUCAGAUUGGUACUUAUGGUUUCAGUCAUAUAAAAAGCUUUGCCCUAUAUAUCAGCAUAUUACAUUACAAAAUUCUGUGGAUCAUAAUUGUCAGGUGGACUAAAUAAAUAAAAAGCACUUGGUA